AUGUCAGACCCCCCCAACAACAACCAAACCACGUUUAGUGGCGGCGACCCCCCUGCCGACAAUAAUUAUACCGACAAUAAUAAUGAACAGACUAAUAUUAAUGAUAUGCAAAAAAUUAUUGCUGUUGAACUGAAGGAGAAAGAAAGUUCUCAUUCCAGAGGACCUCAUUCUCAUGAAGCUCAUCACAUCAAACCCUCGACAAAAAUCCAAAAAAAUAAUGAAAAACCAGACUCCCAUAAAAAAAUUGAAACUAUCCACAAAAAGCUUGAAUCGAAUGAUAAGCAUAACGCUUCUUCAAACCACGAAACCCCCGUUGAAACCCCUAUUGUGAAUGUUGGUCCAACCUUGAACCCUACCUUUGACUCCUCACCAGAUGGUGGUGAUGUUGAAAUUGACGCAACACCAUCACGUGACAUGGAUGUUCUCAUGCCGGAUGCAAAUCCAUUUGGUGAUAAUUCUGAAGCCUGGGAAUACAUCUUAAAACUUAAGGAUGUAUUUCUGGUUGAAUUGUCUAUUGUUAAAGAAGACUUGAGUAUUACAAUUGAAGAUUGGGAAAUAAAAUUUCAAAAUCUUGAACUUAAAAACAAUGAGUUAGCUAAACAACUCAUUGCUUUGACCGAAAAGCUUAAAGCUUCAGAAGGACAAGUGAAUUCUCUUCGCUCAGAACUUGAUGUUUUGAGAAACAAUCAGGUUCACACAGAAGUUAAACAUGUAAUGUUUGAAAAACUCAAAAAGGAAGUUAAAGAUAAUAAGGAUCAUUGCGAUAAAGUGAAACAUAAAGCUGAUGAAAUAGCUAAGAUGACUCUUCAAGAUUUGUCUCAAGAAAAGCAAGAAACAAAAGAAUUAUCGACACACUGA